UCAGAGUCUGGGCUCCCGGAGCCCAGCCCCCUAGCCGGUCAGCGCCGGCUAUAAUUAGUCGGGUGGGGCCGCUGACCCGAUUGAGGGGCAAGUUUCCUCUGUCACAGGGGCCAAAGCAAAGCGGAGAAGGUUCAAGGGAGAGCCAGGAGGAACGCUGGUGUCUCGGGAGGCAAAACAGCGAACCUGGACGAUGAGCGUCUCGGACUCCUCACAUCGUUCUUCGGACCCUGGGAGCGUCUCUGCUGCCGCCCAGAAGGAUCGCCUUGACCUACCUUUGCCCGACCCGAGAACCCCCUCCUGGCCACCUUCCCCAGAUGAGGAUCCCAGUUUGCCCCCCUUUCCUUUGGAAGAGCCUGUCCCCAGGCCCAUGGCCCCAGGGAGCCUUCCCUCUCCAGUCUUGUCCCUUGAGGAAGAAGAGGAGGAAGACGACCAAGACGAACAAGACGUGGCAGAGCCCGAGGAGCUGUGCAGCGAGGAGCAUCCCAGCCAGUUUUUCGCGGAGGCACAGCGGCUGCGGGAGCAGAGGUUGUUGUUGGACGAAGAGGUGUCAGUUGAGGGGCGAGUAUAUGGGGUGCAUCGGGUAAUCUUGGCUGCAAUUAGCAGCCUCUUCCGUGACAGGCUGCUGGGUGGCAGAGGUCCACGACCCCCCCUCAGCCUGGACGUGGCCGCUGGGGCCUGGGAGGCCGUGCUGACAUUUGCCUAUGAGGGGUUGCUGGGCCCUUCACGGCCGGGAGAUGUGCUGGUCGUGGCAGAGGCCCUGGGAGCGCCCCGGGUGAAGGCUGUGGCCCAGUGGAGAUGCAAAGGGGCUGGAAGCGCCAGGGAAGAUGAAAAGCAGCCCAGCCAGGCAGAAGAGCUGAGGGAGAACCUGCGGAGCAUCGAGCUCCUAUACCAAGAGGGCAUCGGGUGUGACCUGGAGCUGGAGGCAGGCGGCUGCAGGCUGCGGGUGCACCGAGCAGCCCUGGCCUGUGGCAGCGAGUUCUUUGGUGCCAUGCUCCUGAGCGGGAUGAGGGAAUCCCAGGGCACAGAGGUGUCUCUGCACACUAUGUCUGCCCAGGACCUGCGACUCCUCGUCUCCUUCGCCUACUCCGGGGUUGUGCGGGCAAGGUGGCCAGGACUGCUGAGAGCUGCCCAGGCUGCUCUCCAGUACCAGAGCUCUUCCUGCCUUGCUCUGUGCCAGAGAGCCUUGGCUCGGGGCCUCAGCCCCGCACGUUGCCUGGCCCUGUUCCCCAUAGCGGAAGCCCCGGGCUUAGAGAGGCUCUGGAGCAAAGCCCGUCACUACCUCCUCACCCACCUGCCUGCUGUGGCUUUGUGCCCCACUUUCCCUUCUCUACCGGCUGCCUGCCUGGCUGAGCUCCUGGAUAGCGACGAACUACACGUGCAAGAGGAGUUCGAGGCCUUCAUGGCUGCGUGGCGUUGGUUAGCUGCCAACCCUGAGACCCAGGAGUCAGAGGCCAAGGCCCUGCUUCGAUGUGUUCGCUUCGGCCGCAUGUCCACCAGAGAGCUGCGGAGGGUGCGGGCCGCGGGGCUGCCUCCACCCCUGACCGCGGACUUGCUGCAUCAGCUCCUGGUAGAGGCUGCCGUUCCAGGUCAAGAGCGGCGCAGGGAGCCUGACCAGGCACUGGUAGUGAUUGGCGGGGACGGGCUCAGAGCAGACAUGGCCAUAAGACAGCCGUCGCGAGGAGUGUGGUGGGCGCGCGCCUUCUGCUGCGGCACGGGACUGGUGCGAACCGUGGAGUGGGGGCGGCUGCCUGCCCUGCCUGCCCCGGGGCGCUUCCGGCACGGGGCUGCGAGCCUCGCAGGAAGUGAGCUCUACGUGUGUGGGGGACAGGAUUUCUACAGCCACUCCAACACCCUGGCUUCGACUCUCAGGUGGGGCCCCAGUCAAGAGGACUGGGAGGAGAUGGCGCCUUUGUGCCAGGCUCGGAGCUUUUUUCCCCUGGUGGCGCUGGACGGACUACUUUAUGCCCUGGGCGGCCGAAACGGUGGCGUCGCCCUCAACUCUGUGGAGACCUAUCACCCCGAGCUGAAUGUCUGGAGGCCGGCACCUGCUCUUCCAGCACCACGCUUUGCCCACGCAGCUGCGGUUCUGGAGGGCCGAUUGUACGUGAGCGGUGGCUGCAGCGGGGCUGGCCAAUACCUGGCCUCAUUGCUGCACUAUGACCCCAAACUUGAGAAGCCAGGGGUGCUUCUGAGCGCUAUGGGGGUACCUCGGGCUGGCCACGUCAUGGCUGCUCUGGGUGGACGGUUGUAUGUCGCGGGUGGGCUAGGUGAGACUGGGGACCUGCUGAGCUUCGAGGCCUAUGAACCAAGGACUGAUAGCUGGACUCACCUGGCACCCUUGCCCUCCCCCCAUGUGGGGGCCGCAGGGGCUGCGCUGCAGGGAGAGCUUCUGGUGCUGGGGGGCUACAGCCACCGUACUUACGCCCUCUCCCACCUUAUCCAUGCUUAUUCUCCCGGCCUGGGCCGAUGGCUCUGCCUGGGAACUCUGCCAAGGCCUCGGGCUGAGAUGCCUGCCUGCAUCCUGACCCUGCCCACUGUGCAGCACAUAGCUUUGGUUCCCACACGGCACCAAACCAAACCUGCUGGGUGAAUGGGGAGCAGCGGUGCAUGGAGGGAGGAAGGGAUGAGAAACGUCAUGAGAGAAGGACAGAGAUUAUGGGGGGGAGAAAGAGAAGGCUUGAUUCAUGAUAGCAUCUUAUUCCAGCACAGUGUUUUACAACUCACAAACCGCUUUUGUAUAUAUGGUCUUCAUUGAGGAAAAGGUGGCUCCAGAAUUCCUGGAAAACGCUGUUGGAGAAGGGAAGGAGAGGAGGCCCAGGAACAACUCCACAAGGUUUAGGGACCCUGACACCAUUCUUGGUGGGGAAAGUGCAUUUGGCUGGGAAGACAGUCAAGACGCUCCAGUAGCCAAUGUGUAGGGGCCAAGAGAGGAGAGUCAGAAAAAUGAUGAUUCUGACCCAUGGAUCAAGAUGAAAAAUGUGGAAAGGCCAACCAUGAACUAUAUUCUUUCUCAGGUAACUUGCAGGCUCAGUCCAGCAUUGCCUCAGCCUGCAGCCCCUAAGAGCCUCUGGGUUUUCAUUCUGAGGCGGAAGUCCUUGCCUGGACCUGGCGCUGCACAGGGUGCCAGCUGAUGAGGCGCGAGUGCUGUGUGUGGGGAAGAUGAGGAGGGCGGAGGUGAAGGAGCCAGGCACCUGGAGUGGGGAAGGGAUGGCAUGAGGUUUGAGGGGUGGGGUGGAAGAAGCCAGAAGCCUGACUGGCUUCUUUCCUUCCCUUUGGGGUGUAGUCAAGGAUCAGGAAUGACAACAGGACAGCUAUGGUGUGAGCUGCUAAGUUGUGAGAGGAAGUGGCAGAGAGAAAAGUGAGAGGCAGAGAAGACUCAGAAAAGUGGUUUUCCCCCUUUCUUUCCCUUUUCUCUAGAGUUUUAAAAAUCCAUUCCC